AUGGAGGCCGACAAGAUCCCCGACUUCCUCGCGGAACAGCGCGACCAAGCUCCCCCAGAGGCUCAGGGGCUUUUCUUGAACUUUGAAGAUUACUGGGAGCGCAAGCUAUGGCAUCAGCUUACCGACGCGCUGAUAGAUUUCUUCCGGAUGCCGGAAAGCGCGCCGCAACGGUUACCGAUCUUCAAGUCCUUCAUCCUCAGCUUCGCCGACCGCAUUAACCAGCUCAAGUUUGUCUCGCUGGGUUUGAUGGCAUCGACACAAUGUGCGGAUGACCAAGAACGACUUGCGUUUGUCACGUCGCUUGCAGACCGGGUCAACAAGCCCGACACACAGGACGCCUACGUAUACGCAACGGCAGACGUCGCCGGAGUGAAGCUGCGGCUACAGGAUUUUGAGGGGGCGCGGAAAGAUCUCGACAAGAGCCAGGCCAUCUUGGACUCGUUCGACUCAGUGGAGACGGUUGUCCAUGCUGCUUUUUACAAAGUGAACGCAGACUACUACCAAGCGAAACAAGAGUUCGCAUCCUAUUACAGGAACGCCCUGCUCUAUCUCGCUUGCGUGAAACUGGAAGAGCUUUCGCAGGAGGAACGCGUAUCACGAGCUUACGAUCUCAGCGUCGCAGCUCUCGUAUCCGACUCCAUCUACAACUUUGGUGAGCUGCUCCUGCACCCCGUGCUGGAUUCGCUCACGGAGACGCCACACGCCUGGCUGCGCGAUCUCCUCUUCGCUUUCAACCGCGGCGACCUGACCGCGUAUGACGUCCUGGCCGGGAACAUCAGCAAGAACAAGCUGCUUGAAUCGCACCGCAACUUCCUCUACCUUAAGAUCUCACUGUCCGCGCUCACAGAGAUGGUCUUCCGCCGCCCGCCGCACGACCGCAACUUGACCUUCGCGGCCAUCGCGGCCGAGACCAAGGUCCGGCCUGACGAGAUCGAGCACCUGAUCAUGAAAGCGCUGUCGCUGGGCCUGCUGAAGGGCUCCAUCGACCAGGUCGCGCAGGUCGCGCGCAUCAACUGGGUCCAGCCCAAGGUCCUCGACAUGAAGCAGAUCGAAGGCAUGCGGAAUCGGUUGAAGGAAUGGGAUGCGGGCGUCAACCAGCUAGGUCAUUGGAUUGAAAGUGUGGGCAAGGAUGUCUGGGCUGCAUGA